UCAGGUACAUUCAAAAUGACAGCGACAUCUACAGAGGAUCUGACGAAGUUAAGUACAUCAAGGGAGCCUAAUUGGCCCGCAGUUCUCUUCUUUAUACACAUACACCUCCUUUCAUUAUAUGGAAUUUGGUUAAUUAUAUUUGAAGCAAAGUUGUUAACAACCGCACUUUUGGUAGCUCUCACACUUUUGGCAAUAUUGGGAGUAACGACAGGUGCACAUAGAUUAUGGGCUCAUAGUACUUAUAAAGCUAACACUAACUUGCGAAUAGCCCUAAUGCUUCUUCAAACCAUGGCCGGACAAGGAUCAAUAUAUGAUUGGGUUCAGAAUCAUAGAUUUCACCAUGCUUAUUUCAAGACAGAUAUAGAUCCUUAUGAUUGUAGAAAAGGAUUCCUUUACGCACAUUUCCUGACUAGAAUAAGAAAACAUAGUCAGUAUCAAGAGGCAUUGAAAAACUCUAUUGAUAUGUCAGAUCUUGAGGAUGAUUCAGUCGUAAUGUUUCAAAAAAGAUUUUAUUGGAUACUGUAUGGAAUCUUAUUCCUCCUGCUGCCCCUGAACGCGCCUUUAGAAUACUGGGACGACUCAGUCUUGUGCACAGUAUUCAUAAUCGGUUUCUUUCGCUAUGCAUUAGUUCUACACGCCUCUUGGCUGCUAGAAAGUGGUGUUUGUGUUUGGGGACUUAAGGAAGGCGAAAAGUACCCACCUGACUCAAACUCAGUUUUCCUGCUAAAUAGGACCUUCUGGCCAGAAUACCACUACAUUUAUCCCAACGAUUACAAGUCUGGAGAAUUUGGAACAUAUGGGGCUGGAUGUUCGACUGCUUUCAUACGAGUGUACGCAGCCCUCGGUUUAGCUACAAAUCUCUCUACGAUUGAGUCCCGAACGCUACAGAAGGCUUUAGCGGAUCACUUAAAAUCUAAAAUUCCAUUAAAUGAAAGUUUCAAGGACGCUAUUGCAAAACAAACUCUGCCUGAAGAUCAUUUUCUUGUAACAAAUUAAAAAAUAACAAUAAUUAAAAAGAAUGUAAUGUA